AUGAAGAUUCUUGUUACCGGAGCCGCUGGCUACAUUGGCCAAAUCUUGUCCGAAGCGUUGCUGAAUGCCGGUCACUCUGUAGUCAUGGCCGAUAUUGUCGAGCCUCUUGUUCCUCCCGGCGCGAAAAGUGCCCAGGAUCGCGCGACCCUUGUCCAAGUCGACUUGUUUGAAGAUGCAGAGUCCGUCAUCGGCCAAGAUCUGGAUGCCAUCUACAUUUUGCACGGCAUCAUGUCCGCAGGGAGCGAAGCAGACGUGGACCUCGGCUACCGCGUCAACCUGCACAGCGUGCUGAAGCUGCUCGAGGCUGUGCGAAGGCUCUGCCCCGGCGUGCGCGUGAUAUACACGUCGUCCAUUGCCGCCUACGGCUCUCCCCUGCGCGGCCUGCCCUCUGAAGACACCGUGUGCACGCCCCAGACGAGCUACGGGACGCACAAGAUGAUGAUCGAGGCCGUGCUGAACGACUACAACCGCCGCGGCUUCAUUACGGCAUUUGCCCUCCGACUUCCUGGCAUAUCUGUCCGAGGCGGAAAGCCCACCCAGGCGGCGAGCAGCUGGAUGAGCGGCAUCAUCCGCGAGCCGCUACAGGGUCUGGAGACGACCAUUCCGUGCGGGGACGACUUCAAGUGCUGGGUGUGCUCGCCGAGAAGGCUCGUCAAGAAUCUCACCAUUGCUCUGACCCUCCCGGCGGACUGCAUGCCUCCGCAUAUCCGGCAAGUCCUGCUCCCGGGGAUCGCUGUCACCGUACGGGAGAUGCUUCAGGUAUUGCGCAAUGUUGGCGGCGACGAGGCUGUCAGGCUGGUGCGGAGGGAAGAACCCACCGCGGCCAUCAGAGCCAUGUUGGACAGUUGGCCGACGCAAUUUGACGAUGCAAAGGCAUUGCGGUUGGGGUUUGUGCCCGACCAGCCUUUCCAAGACACCGUGCAGGACUUUGCGGAUAGCUUGAAGUGA